AUGGCAGUGCAGCCUAAGCAUAAUCUGUCUAUGGACAACGCAACUGAGCGGAGCUUUUUAAACUUCUAUUUCUCUAUGCCGGAGAAACUAGACACCACUUUUAGGGUUUUUGAUCGCACUGACUAUUACACAGUGCACGGUAAAGACGCCAUCUUUGCGGCGAGAGAAUUGUUCAAAACAAACGGGGUCAUCAAAUAUCUGGGAACAGGGACAAGCAAGUUGGAGAGUGUGGUCCUGAGCAAACUGAAUUUUGAGGCCUUUGUGAAAGACUUGCUGCUGGUGAGGCAGUAUAGAGUAGAAGUGUACAAGAACUACAGCAAGAGCAGUAAAGAGCAUGACUGGAGGGUAGAGUACAAGGGUUCUCCAGGGAACUUGGCUCAGUUUGAGGAGAUUCUCUUUGGUAGUGGAUCCGCAGCAGAGGGCUGUGCUGGGGUUGUAGCUGUACGGUUGGCCACAGGGGCUGACGGGCAGCGCCUGGUGGGUGUGGGCUAUGUAGAUGCAGCGCAGAGAACAAUGGGAGUGUGUGAGUUUCCAGACGGUGAAACCUUUUCCAACCUGGAGGCCCUGCUCGUCCAAAUCAGCCCCAAAGAGUGUCUCUUGGCCCAAGGGGAUGGUAACACUAACGGUUCUAAACUACAAGAGGUGGUGCAGCGUGGAGGUGUGCUGGUCUCGGAGAGGAAGAAAGGAGAAUUCAACAGCAAGGACAUGGUCCAGGACCUCAACAGACUGCUUAGGGCCAAGAGGGGGGAGACAGUGGCCAGCAACACACUUCCAGAACUAGACAAACAGGUGGCCAUGUCAUGCUUGGCUGCUGUGGUGCAUUUCCUGGAUCUGCUAUCUGAUGAGUCCAACUUCAACUCCUUUAGCCUGACCACUCUUGACCUGGGCCAGUACAUGAGACUGGACAACGCUGCCGUGCUUGCCCUCAAUCUCUUCCAGGGUUCACCCGAUGACACCAGUGGUGCUCACUCACUGGCUGGUCUGUUGAACAAGUGUCACACACCUCAGGGACAGCGACUGGUCAACCAAUGGAUCAAGCAACCACUCAUGGACAAGACCAGAAUUGAAGAGAGACUUGACCUAGUGGAAAGCUUUGUGGGUGACGCUGAGCUGAGGCAGAUGUGCCAGGGUGACUUGCUUCGGCGGCUCCCCGAUCUCCACCGCCUGACCAAGAAGCUCUACCGUAACUCAGCAACAUUGCAGGACUGUUACCGCAUCUACCAGGCGGUGAAGCAGAUACCGGCCCUCAUAGCAGCGCUGGAGAGAUACUCUGGCAGUCACCAGGUUCUGCUGGAGGCAGUGUUCCACGUCCCUCUCGUAGAUCUGCAGUCUGACUUCAGCAAGUAUCAGGAGAUGAUUGAGACCACUCUGGACAUGAACCAGGUGGACCACCACGAGUUCCUGGUAAAGGCUUCCUUUGACCCUGUUUUGAGUGAGCUGAGAGAGAAAAUGGACUUGUUGGAGAAGAGCAUGAAAGCUGUGCUGAACAGUGCAGCACAAGAACUAGGUCUUGAUGCUGGCAAGGCAGUGAAGUUGGAGUCAAACAACACACUGGGUUACUACCUGAGGGUCACCUGCAAAGACGAGAAGAGUCUGAGGAACAACAAGAAAUUCACCAAGCUGGAUGUACAGAAAAACGGAGUGCGCUUCACCAACAGCAAGCUGAGCUCUUUAAAUGAGGAGUACCUAAAAUGCAGAGAGGAGUAUGAGGAGGCCCAGAAUGCUAUUGUCAAAGAGAUCAUCAGCAUUGCCUUAGGCUAUGUGGACCCCCUCCAGGCUCUAAACGAUGUUGUAGCACAUAUGGAUGCUGUGGUAAGCUUUGCUGAAGCAUCAGUCUCCACCGCUGUGCCAUACGUGCGGCCCCACCUGUUGGAAGCCAGCUGCAGACGGUUGGAGCUGCAGCAGGCCAGGCACCCUUGCAUGGAAACGGAUGCUGACACCGCCUUCAUACCCAAUGACAUCAGCUUCAUCCAAGGAGAAAAUAACUUUUAUAUCAUUACAGGUCCAAAUAUGGGCGGCAAGUCUACGUUUAUUCGCCAAGUGGGUGUGAUUGCUCUGAUGGCUCAGAUUGGUUGCUUUGUGCCAUGUGAGAAGGCAGAGCUGAGUGUGAUUGACAGCGUGCUGGUAAGGGUUGGUGCGGGAGACAGUCAGGUCAAAGGAGUGUCCACCUUCAUGUCGGAAAUGCUGGAGACAGCCACCAUUCUACGGUCCGCCACAGCAAAUUCCCUCAUCAUAAUUGAUGAGCUGGGCAGGGGCACAUCCACAUACGAUGGGUUUGGUCUGGCCUGGGCCAUCAGUGAGCACAUUGCCUCCAAGAUCGGCUGCUUCUGUCUGUUUGCCACUCACUUCCACGAGCUGACAGCAUUGGCAGUACAGCAGCCCACCGUCCACAAUCUGCAUGUCACAGCCCUCACCACCAAGGAUACGCUCACCAUGCUCUACAGGGUCAAAGCAGGUGUGUGUGAUCAGAGUUUUGGAAUCCAUGUCGCAGAGUUGGCUCACUUUCCACCAUCAGUGGUUGCCAUGGCGAAGGAGAAGGCUGCAGAGUUAGAGGAGUUUCAAGAGCCGAUGGCAGAGGAGGCGCAAGAGGGUGAAGAACCUGAGGCCAAGAGACAGCGGACAGAAAAACAAGUGGGGGAGAAUCUGAUUCAAGACUUCCUGGGAAAAGUGAAGUCACUUCCUGCUGUCGCCAUGACAGACGAAGAGGUAAAGGCAGAGCUCAAGAGAAUGAAGGAGGAGCUCGUUGCCAGAAAUAACAGUUACAUCACAGAGAUCCUGGCACGCUCUGUGCCCGUACAGACAGUUUGAAUGGGGUCACAUCACAGGACCCAACGGCGUGGGGCUCAAAGUACAUGUGACUCAGUUGUUUUUUUUUUCUUUUCUUCCCCUUUUUGUUUGUAUGAUUGUUAACAUUUGCAAUAAAGAAUAUCAGAAAAUUCCUUCAUCAGCAAAUCCUUCCCUCUUCUGUAAAAGAUUAAAAUGGCCUUUAAAUCCUGUGGAAUUGUGGCAAAAUGGUCAUCUUAUGAGAAAUGUGCUGCUUCAAGAACCAGGGCUGAAUUUACACAUA